AUGUAUAUAAAGAUGGCCACGUUAGCAAACGGACAACCAGACAAUACCAGCCUGAGUAGCAAUCACAGCAACCCCAGCACCAACGGGCAUAUGAACGGAUUAAACCAUAGUCCCGGAAACCCAUCCACCAUCCCAAUGAAGGACCACGAUGCCAUUAAGCUCUUUAUUGGGCAGAUCCCCCGUAACCUGGACGAGAAAGACCUCAAACCGCUCUUCGAGGAGUUCGGGAAGAUCUAUGAACUGACGGUGCUGAAGGACAGGUUCACUGGCAUGCACAAAGGCUGUGCCUUCCUAACAUACUGCGAAAGGGAGUCUGCUCUAAAGGCCCAGAGCGCACUGCAUGAACAGAAGACUCUGCCGGGGAUGAACAGACCAAUCCAGGUGAAGCCAGCGGACAGCGAAAGCCGAGGAGGUAAUUCCUGCCUGGCAUCAGCCCCAAAUCACAGAAAACUCUUUGUGGGCAUGCUCAAUAAGCAGCAGUCAGAAGAUGAUGUGCGCAGGCUAUUCGAGGCGUUUGGCAACAUUGAGGAGUGCACAAUCCUUCGGGGACCCGAUGGCAACAGCAAAGGGUGUGCAUUUGUGAAAUACUCUUCUCAUGCAGAGGCCCAAGCUGCCAUCAAUGCGUUGCAUGGCAGCCAAACAAUGCCGGGAGCCUCUUCAAGCCUGGUGGUGAAGUUUGCGGACACGGACAAGGAGCGUACAAUGCGGCGCAUGCAGCAAAUGGCAGGACAAAUGGGCAUGUUCAACCCCAUGGCCAUCCAGUUUGGAGCCUAUGGCGCCUAUGCACAGGCACUGAUGCAGCAGCAAGCGGCGAUCAUGGCCUCGGUGGCGCAGGGCGGAUACCUGAACCCCAUGGCAGCCUUUGCCGCGGCCCAGAUGCAGCAGAUGGCGGCUCUGAACAUGAACGGCCUGGCAGCUGCCCCCAUGACUCCAACCUCAGGUGGAAGCACGCCUCCUGGCAUAACUGCACCAGCUGUGCCUAGCAUCCCAUCUCCAAUUGGGGUGAAUGGUUUCACUGGCCUCCCACCCCAGGCUAAUGGGCAGCCAGCCGCUGAAGCCGUGUUUGCUAAUGGCAUUCACCCUUAUCCAGCACAGAGCCCCACUGCAGCAGACCCCUUGCAGCAAGCCUACGCUGGAGUGCAGCAGUACGCAGGUCCUGCUUAUCCUGCUGCUUAUGGCCAGAUUAGCCAAGCAUUUCCACAGCCACCUCCCAUGAUCCCACAGCAACAGAGAGAAGGACCAGAGGGCUGUAACCUGUUUAUCUACCAUCUGCCCCAGGAGUUUGGGGAUGCUGAGCUGAUGCAGAUGUUCCUGCCUUUCGGUAAUGUCAUCUCCUCGAAAGUGUUUGUGGAUCGGGCGACAAACCAAAGUAAAUGCUUUGGUUUUGUGAGUUUCGACAAUCCUGCCAGUGCCCAAGCUGCUAUCCAGGCCAUGAAUGGAUUCCAGAUUGGCAUGAAGAGGCUGAAGGUGCAGCUGAAGAGGCCAAAGGAUGCUAAUCGUCCCUACUGA